CAUGGCGCUAAUUCAGCCUCUGGUGCUAGUCGCGGAAGCCUUGCGAGGUUGUUUCAGUAAUUUGGCUGCCUCAGCUGAACCCAUAUAAAACGAGACAACUACCCAUAUCUUUGUGCCAUUCAAUCAAUAACAUCACAUCAAUCGCAAUGGCCUCUAUAGCCCUCUCAGAAAAUGCACACAAGGCGCUGGAGCCUUUGCACCUCCAAGAUCGUAUCAUCGGUACCAUUUUCGGCUCAGCGCUUGGAGACGCAAUUGGCUUAUACACAGAGUUUCUGUCUGCCGACAUCUCGGCAAAAGCAUAUCCCGACCGCAAAUUUACGUUGCUCCCUGCUGAAAAAGCGACACCUUUCCGACGCGACCAUCACAGGAAUUUCCAUCGUACUGGAGAAUGGACUGAUGACACCGACCAUGCUGUUCUGAUACUGCUUUCAUUCCUCCACAGCGAUGGCAAGAAGCUUGAUCCACAAGACUUUGCUUCAAGACUGUCAGUUUGGGUGCGUAUGGGACUGAGAGCGCUGGAUACCCUGCCUCUUGGUCUUGGACGCACAGUCGGUGGAAUUGUGCGCAGCAAAUCUUACUUAAACGAUCCUGAGGCCACAGCACGAAAUUUCUGGGUGACGGGGAAGUACAAUGCUGCGCCCAACGGAAGUCUGAUGAGAACACAUCCGCUGGGGCUCAUGUGUCUUGCCAAGUCCGUUGAGGAGACCUUUCAGGUCGCGGCCGACUUCUCUGUCGUUACACACGUUGAUCCCAGAUGUGUGGUCUCUUGCGCCAUUGGCACGGCUCUUGUUCGUGGCCUUGUCCUCGGCGAAGUUUACGAAGAGCCACAUGUCGAUGAGUUGAUCGAAACUGGCCUCACGUGGUACAACGAGCGUCGCGAGAAAGAAUUGCAGGAUCCAGACAAGAAAGACGAGCCCCGCCUGGACGUUGAAGAGUUCAAAAAGCAUGCGACAGCUCAAUCUCUCGCGGACCUCAAGUUGGAUGAGAGCUACAAGAUCGGAUACGUUUACAAGACAUUUGGCUCUGGUAUCCUGCUUCUUCGACUAGCACUGCGCCAACUCAAGUCUUCUGGACAACUAUGCUCCCAGCUUGCCAUCUUUGAGAAGCUCAUCACCGAUCUGACGAUGGAAGGCGGCGAUGCAGACACAAACGCUUGCUUUGCCGGCGCUCUUCUAGGAGCAUUGCUUGGAUACAAGUCCUUGCCUCCACAUUGGCGCGAUGGUCUCCGUCAUGGGACAUGGCUUAUGGAGAAGUCUGAAGGACUGUGCGACGUGCUAGGCGUGACGAAGGGUUCAUACUUCGGGUCGCGGGACAAGGAUACUGCGGAGGAUGGUGGGCGUGGGUUCUUGACGGAUGCACAGAUGGAAGAGAAGUGUAUGAGGAUGCAGGCUUGGAUGGCACAGGAGGAAACUGAAUGGAAGAAGAAGCAAGAAAUCGAGAAGAAGAAACCCAAUUGGUUUCCUUGGAAAUAGUGGUUGGAAUGAUACCUUGUAGCCUUUUCAUGGCAUAUGUUUGACCGCUUUUAAUCACCGGGAUUAUGUUACAGUUCCUGCUCUGUUAAACCGAUGUAAACAAUGACUUUGGUAUUUGCCAAGCCGAUAGCAUAUAUAAUACAGUACUAAAUGAUCAUAAAUUGAACGUCAUAUUGACCAUGAUUCAACAUA